UCUCUUUCAUCAUCCCUCCCUCCCAGCCUCCACGACACUCUUUUCUCUCUCAUCCCCUGCCAUUCCUGGGUUGGUUGGUGGUGGCUCUGAGAGGAUAAGAGUGAAAAAUGGCAUUGGGAUUAGCUGCUAAUAGCAUCAUAAUAUCCCAGAACAAAGCCUUCACUUCCUUUUCUCUCUCUGCUUCAAAGCUUCUCUCAAAUCGUCCUUCCCAUCCACAGUCGCAACGUAUUUGUCCAAUCACUAUCACCGCCACUGCCUCUUCCUCAAUUGCCAAGGCCACCCUCUCAGAUUUUCAAGUUCAAGACUCCAAUCCCACAUCCACUAGUACUACGUGGUCAGAAUUUGCGAGAAAUGUAUCGGGUGAAUGGGAUGGGUAUGGAGCAGAGUUCUCAAAGGAAGGGAUGCCAAUCGAACUUCCUGAGUCUGUUGUACCAGAAGCUUACAGGGAGUGGGAGGUCAAGGUGUUCGAUUGGCAAACUCAGUGCCCCACUCUUGCCGAACCAGAGGGUCAGGACCGCCUUCUUACAUACAAGUCAAUCAAGCUACUUCCCACUGUUGGAUGCGAAGCCGAUGCCGCCACGCGUUAUAGCAUAGAUGAGAGAAGUGUCGGAGGUGGUGAAGAUAACAACAAAGUCUCGGCCUUUGCAUAUCAAGCUAGUGGGAGCUACGUGGCCGUGUGGCCAAUUGAGGAUCUGGGUACGCAUAAAUUGUUGGAGUUGGAGUUGGAGUACUGUUUGGUCAAUCCUCAAGACCGGGAGUCCCGUGUGAGGAUAAUCCAGGUUGUCCGAGUCGAUAGCGAGAAGAAGAUGGUGUUGCAGAAAGUUAGAGUUUUCCGUGAGCAGUGGUAUGGGCCUUUCAGGAAUGGGGAACAGUUAGGUGGGUGUGCUAUCAGGGACUCUGGAUUUGCUGCUACUGAUCCCACGGAAGCCUUACAAGUUGUUGGUGUUUGGCAGGGUCCUCAUGCUGUUGUCAGCUUCGAUCCUUCUCAGAAUGUGAGUUACGAUUUACUUCAAGAACUUGUAGAUGGCGAUGGCGAUGUGCGGAAGUCAGUAAGAGAUGAAUGUGGCCUCAUAUUGCUUCCCAAGCAACUAUGGUGUUCAAUAAAAGAAAGUAGAGAUGAUGAGACUUGGAGUGAGGUGGGAUGGCUCUUUGAUCAUGGACGUGCAAUCACAUCAAGGUGCAUCUUCGCCGCUGGGAAGUUGAAGGCAAGUUUAUAUAUAUAUAUAUAGUGCUCUCAAGUUUUGUUACAGGCUAGCUGAGUCCUAUUUUGAACUAGCAUAUUCUCUACUCUCUAGAAGAAUGCCCAUCAGACUAUCAAGCUAAUUAAAACAGUUCUCCUUACUUGUCAACUGUACGUUGUUUCUUUUGUAGGAAGUGUGGAUAUCACGUGAGACUAGAGCUGCUUAGGAUACUGUACGUAUAGUAAUUGAUAUGGAUUCAGAUCGGCUUUCAACUAAAGAGUAACACAGUCAUUUGACUGGUAUAUUAAAUGCAAGUCGAAUUCGAAUUCAGUCAGAAAAAGUUGUGAUCAAAGUGUAUCUUACGUGAUUGAAAAGUGAAAGAAUAAAUACCACAACCCAUCUGCACGUAUUA